AUGAACAAGUCUGAUACUAUUCAAAAUUAAGAGAACAUUGAUCCAAAUAUUGUUAGAAAUUAAGUUUCUCAAUAAAAAAAGUUUUCAAGAAGUUCAGGUCAAAAAACACCUUGGAGUGGGAUGUAAUUAAUUUCUUUAAAUUUUGAUUAGCACUGGAGAAAUAAGUCAUUCAACAAAUGAUGAUAUAGAGAUCUCUUGUUUCUAAGUAGGACCAGCAAAAAUAUCAUCACUUUCAACUAAUUAAGCUAUUAUAUGUUAAACAAGAUUAGAGUAAUAUUUGACUUCAAAUAAUGUUCCUGAUAUUUUAUCAUAUUUAGAUGAAUUUGAGGAUCUUGAUUGGGUUAAAUCAAAUUAUAUUACUCAUAUUAUAGAAUUAAUUGUAAAACAAGAAAGAGAAUAUUUAAAAUAAAGAAUUGUUGGAUUAACAGCAAUAUUGACUAGCAAAAAUUAUUUACUUAAUAGAUAAAUUAUAAAGUUGAUAUUUAGUGUAUCAUCUAGAAUAGGUUAAUAAGAAGGUUUUUAUGCUUUACAUGAAAUAUAACAAUUAUUGGAAACAAUGAUUUUCAAGGAAGAACUUUAAUAAUACAAUUAAAUAUAAUAUUAUCCUCUUAUAGUUUAUUGUCAUACACAUUAAUUAUUAUAUUGGGGAUUGGUUGGAGAAUGUUGGGAAUUAUUAAAAUUGAAAUUGAAUAGAUAAAUUGAAGAGUCACUCAAGGAUGAAUUUGAAAAGACAGCUUAGAAAAUCUGUGAUAUGCUUAUAAGAUAAUUAAUAGAAUUAAGUAGUUCAAAUAAUUAAUGGUAUCAAAUUUUCAAUGAAGUUUUAUAUGAAGGUGUAAUUAAUUUACAUCCAUCUGAUAUAUUUUUUAAUAAAUUAAUUGAUUACGCUUUUAGAAAGUCUCAAGUUGAAAUGGCUGAAUAUCUAUUAAUAUUUAUGAGAGAUUAAUGUAAAAUUUAACCAACAAUUGUUACUAUUAAUACAAUGAUUGAUUAAUACUUUAAAAAUAAUCAAAAAGAUAAAGCAUGGAAGACUUUUGAAAAUCUUAAAUUAACCUAGACAAAACCAGAUAAUUUUACAUAUACUACACUUAUUAAUGGAUUGAAAAAUUCAGAUAAUAUGGAUUUAAAAUUAGCAUUUUAAUUAUUUGAAGAAUAUAAAUAAUAUAAUUAGCCAGAUCAAAUUAUUUAUAAUUGUCUUCUAGAUGCAUGUAUUAAUGCAGGAGAUUUAAAUAGAGGUUUCUAAUUAUUAAAUGAAAUGAAAUAAUCAUAAACUAUUUAAUUAGAUGAAAUUACUUAUAAUACAUUAAUAAAAGGAUGUGGAAGAAAGAAGAGAUUAAAUGAUGCUAUGAAUUUAUUUGAAGAAAUGAAAUAAAUUGGUAUAAAACCAAAUAGAAUUAGUUUUAAUUCAUUAUUAGAUUCUUGUGUAAAAUGUAAUAAAAUGAAUAUUGCUUGGAGAUAUUUUGAAGAAAUGAGAAAAUAAUAUGGUAUUUUCCCAGAUAACUUUACUUAUAGUAUUUUAGUAAAUGGAAUUAAAACUAAUCAUUCUAAUAGAGAUGAAUUAUUAAGAGCUAUAAGUCUAUUAGAAUAAAUUUAAGAGACUGGUUAAUUUAAACCAGAUGAGAUUCUUUAUAAUUCAUUAAUUGAUGCUUGUGUUAAAUUUAAUGAAAUAUAGAAAGGUAUGGAAUUAUUUAGAGAAAUGAAAAAUAAAUAAAUUGAUCCAUCAUCUGUUACUUAUGGAAUCAUAAUUAAAGCAUAUGGAAAAAUGAAUGAUUUGAAUGGAUCAUUUAGAAUGUUUGAAGAAAUGAAAUUACUAAAGAUACCAAUAAAUGAUGUCACUUAUGGAUGUUUAGUAGAUGCAUGUGUAAGAAAUGAUAGAUUAGAUCAAGCAUUAUAAUUCAUUGAUUAAAUGAAAUAAUAAAAUCUUCCAAUCAAUACUGUUCUUUAUACAACAAUUAUCAAAGGAUUUUGUAAAUUAAAUUAAACUGAUGAAGCAAUCAAAUAUUUUAAUCUUAUGAAAUAAUCACCAAAAACUUAUCCAAAUCUCAUUACUUAUAAUUCAUUAUUGGAUGGAAUGGUAAAGAAUGGAUUACUCAAUUAAGCAGAUAAAUUAUUUUAAGAAUUAGUUGAAUCUACAAUUAAACCAGAUCUCAUUACUUUUAGUACUUUAUUAAAAGGACAUUGUAGAAGAGGCAAUAUGAAAAGACUUAAUGAGACAGUAUAAAUAAUGGCAAAAUUUUAAAUUAUUCCUGAUGAAUCUUUGUUACAAUUAAUUUUAGAAUCUUGUCUAAAUCAAUAAUAGUAUCAUAUUGGAGUUUAAAUAUUUGAUUAAUUCUGUCAUUAAAUUCCUUAAUCUAUUCAAUUAUUAUUGAUAACAAUUAGAUUACAUAGUUAAGAUAAGAAACUACUAUAGGCAAUUCCAUUAUUGAAUAGAUUACAUCAAUUAAUGAAUGAGAAUAGAAUUUAACAUUAAUCUUUAGAACAAACUAUCAAUUCCUUAUUAUAAUAUUAAUUGGAUGAAUAAGUAUAUUCAAUAGUUACAAAUAUUGUAAUAAUAGCCUUAAGAAUGGAUUUUAAUCUUUCAAAUUUGGAGACUUUAUUAUCUAUAUAAAAUUCUUAAUUAAUGACUUUAUUAUAAAAUACUACUCAAAUUCCAUGUAAUAAAUUAUUACAGAUAUUACCAUAGUUAUCAAAUGAAGAUUAAAAUAUAUGUAGAUAAUAUAUUAAGAAAAACAGCAAGAAUGAUUUAAAAGAACCAUUAAAUGAAUAAUUUGGAUAAGUAUUUUUAUAAUGUAACAACAAUAAUAAGAAAAAUAAUAAAGUUUAAGAACAAUCAUCUCCAUUUAAUAAUGAAAACAAAGAAAAUGUCUAUCAUCCAAAGCGUUAAUAUAAUAAUUAUGCAAAGAAUGAUUUGACUGAUUUCAUGCCUAACAAAUAAUAUGCAAAGAGAAGAUGA